CCUGUGCUGUGUUGCCGUCAGUGUUUUUAUGUUUUGACACUUCUGCUAAUAUUCACAAAAGAACUAUUCAUAUUUAUUUAUAAUUGAAAAGAAGGACAAAAAUAUCAAAAACCAUAUUCUUGUGUCAAAUAAAAUCAGUUACAAUGCCGGCUUAUCAUUCCACUAUUAAAGAGUUUCCAUUAACAGUGGCAAACAUGGCUAUAUUGCCUAUUAAAACUCAGUUUAGAGGACCAGCCCCAGUGCAAACGAGUAAUGAUAACGAUAUCAUUGAUGAGUCACUUUACUUCUUCAAAGCCAAUGUUUUCUUUAGAACCUAUGAAAUUAAGUCUGAAGUCGAUCGCACAUUGAUCUACAUAACGCUUUAUAUUACGGAAUGUUUGAAAAAGUUACAACGCUGUGCCAACAAAAACCAAGGCCAACAGGAGAUGUAUAGUUUAGCCAUAUCGAAAUUCGAUAUUCCUGGCGAUCCAGGCUUUCCCUUGAAUGCUGUAUAUGGCAGACCGCAAACUGCCCAGGAGUCGGAUACAAUGAGGCAAUAUAUCCUACAACUGCGCCAUGAAACCGGCAACCGGGUACUGGAAAAAGUUUUCGGCGAAGAUGGCAAACCCAACAAAUGGUGGAUUUGCUUUGCCAAAAAGAAGUUUAUGGAAAAAUCAUUGUCUGGACCAGGACAAUAAGCAAAAGUAUUUUAGUUCUACAAUGACUUGACAGACUUCCAUUUAGUAAAAGAAGAGGGCAUUAUAACAUUACUGUAACUUGAACAUUUAAGCGAGUAUUUCUUUUCUUUGUAGUGUUAUUAAUAAAUGUUGACACAACAAAUUACGUUUUUAAACUAAAA